AUGGCGCCUAACAACCAGCUGGGCAAGCGCGUCAAGCUCACCCAGGUUCGCCGCCCAUUCAUUGUCGGCACGACAGCAGUGCCCUUCAGCGAAACGAACCCCCGACCGGUCGGCGCGCCCGAUAACCAUACGCAUUCCUGGUCCGUCUUUGUCAAAGGCCUCGAAGACACGGAUAUCACAUACUGGCUGCGACGCGUCCAGUUCAAACUGCACGAGUCUAUCCCCAAUCAUGUGCGCAUGAUUGAAGGCGAAGCCGGAAAGCCGUUCAUGGUCAGUGAAACCGGAUGGGGCGAAUUCGACAUCACCGUCAAGCUAUACUACGUCAACGAAUCUGGCGAGAAACCGCAAACACUCUACCACUAUUUGCGCUUGCAUCCCUUUGGAAGAACCGAGGAGGAGAAGCAGGCAAUGAUCACUAAGAAUGGUGAGGUUCGCGCGUGGAGUUACGAGGAGCAAUUAUUCAACGAACCAUACGAAGUCUUUUACAAUAUUCUAACGAGCGGCGCCGUGCCCAAGGGCUGGAAGACGGCCGGCGGCGGCAAGGGCAAGGGCAAGAACCGACCGACGCCGCCGCUCCCGGCACCCGACAGCGACAACGUAUGGGAGCGGUCGGCCAUGAUUCCCAAACAAAACCGGCCUGCGGCGCCGUUCAGCCGCGAGACGGAGGCGGCGGAGAUAAAGCGGCUCAAGGACGCACAGGCCCGUACGGAGGAGAUGAGCGCCAAGGUGCUCGCGGAGCUCAAGGGAAAGGAGGAGCUGCUGGCCAAGCUCAAGGCCGAGAACGUGGCGGCGGCGGCGGCCAACAGCGCGGCGCCGAAGCCAGUCUAG